AUGGGAGACGCCGCGAUAUACACAGAUGAUGAGGAUAUAGACCUAUCAUUUCGUGCUGUUCAUCCAGUCGAGCUUCUUGUAGAACAACUUCAUGUUGGGGUUGACCUUUCACCCAAUCGAUGGGGAGCUCUGUUGAGGGCCGCAAGCAGCGAAAACCAGGCCUCGAAAUCAAUACUCAAGAACAUCAAUGCUCGAAUGCCUCCUGUAACAAUAACCGCUAUUCUGGGAGCCUCUGGCAGUGGGAAAACGUCAUUACUCAAUAGCUUGUCCCAUCGCAUCGAAGGUGGUCGACUCAAGACGAGAGGGCGAAUACUGUACAAUCAGAAUUCGAAGAUCUCCACCAUUCGCCACGCAUAUGUAAUGCAACAAGACAUCUUGAUACCUAGCUUGACAGUUCGUGAGACCCUUCAAUAUGGUGCUGAGCUACGCUUAUCAUCUUCGAUGACGGCUAAAGAGCGCUACCAAGUCGUUGAAGAGGUCAUAUUGGAGCUCGGAUUGAAGGAUUGUGCGGACACUAAGAUUGGAAACGACGCCCACAGAGGAUGCUCAGGAGGAGAGAGAAGGCGAACAUCCUUAGGAGUCCAAUUACUCGCCAACCCUUCAGUCCUUUUUCUAGACGAAGUCACAACCGGUCUGGACGCGUCAACAGCGCAUCGGCUAGUCAAGACUUUGAAGAACCUCGCCAGAAAAGGUAGAACCAUCGUUAUGACAAUUCAUCAACCUCGAAGUGAGAUAUGGUCCUUAUUUGAUAAUGUUUUGGUAUUGGCGCAAGGCUCACUGGUGUAUUCUGGUUGCCGUGAAGAAUGCCUCCCUUACUUCGAGACCUGUGGCUUGAAGUUGCCUGUGUUUAUGAACCCUGCCGAAUUUCUCAUCGAUCAGGCUGCGGUCGACAAUCGCUCGCCAGAAUCAGAAGCGAGAUCGCAAAUCAGAAUCCAAGAGCUCACAGCUUGUUGGGAGAGGCACAUAACAUCUAAUAAGAAGUCGUCUAACGAUAAACGAAACAGUAAUGAGAGGCAUUUCGAGCACACGACCUCUGGUGAGAAGUCAUCCUACGACAAACCAAUAGGCAGUGAAGCUACUCCAGAUUUUCCAAGUCAAGAUGAGCUGAUUGUUUCCAAGGCCGCCCGGGCGCCUUCGCGGCCGGUCAAUUUCUUGCGGCAAUGUAAAGUGCUCACGAGACGAACUUUCAAGGUGACUUGGCGGGAUCCCUAUGGCCUCUUAGGCUCCAUGCUUGAAGCCAUAUCGAUGUCUGCUAUCUCUGGAGGGAUCUUCUGGAAUCUUGAUGGCACUCUUCAGGGCAUCCGAAGCCGAGAGGGAGCACUCUUCCUUGGCACAUCUCUGCAAUCAUACCUAGUAAUGCUCUACGAGAUAUAUCGAUUGACCUACGAUAUUCAGACUUUCGACCGGGAACGUGGCGAAGGUGUUAUCAACGUCCCAGCCUGGUUACUUAGUCGGCGCAUUGCUCGCUUUCCGCUUGAAGAUUUGCCCUCACCAAUUAUCUUCUCCACCAUUUUCUACUUCAUGGUAGGAUUUCGACCAGACACUGACCAAUUCUUUAUCUAUUUCGCUAUCCUGCUGCUGAUUCAUCAUAUCUCUAUCAACGUUGCGACUUUCUGCGUAGCUCUAAGGCGGGAUUUCGCGCAGGCGUCGUUGAUCGCAAAUACAAUCUUCACGGUACAAUCGCUUGCUGGUGGGUAUUUCGUACAAUCAAACCAGAUCCCCGUCUGGAUUCGAUGGCUGAAGUGGACAGCAUAUUCAUUCUAUGCCUAUUCUGCCUCUGCCGUGAAUGAAUUCCUCGUUCAUACGAGCGAUCCUGCUGGCCAACUUUACGACUGCCCGUACCCUGGUGGGACUGCAAACCCACAAUGCAGUCAAUACACAGGUAGGUACAUAAUGCAGAUUCUCGAAGUGCCCUUCAAGGAUUUGAAACGUCCAUUCAUUAUACUUCUUGGGUUCACGCUUGUGUUCUUUAUUUGUUCGGGCGCUAUACUCAGCUUCGUUCGUGUUCAUUUGGGAAUGUCCGUACCUCGAAAGACGGAUACAGACUUUUCAGCUGGCAAAGAGAACAUGACAGCACAGUCACUUGCCCGAGCUCGGACGGUCACCGUACAUUUGAGAGGCUUUGCCCUCGACAUCUGGAAACGGAGUGGGAUGUUUUGGAAACCAAAAAAGCUUUCAAUCCUGAAACCCAUGGACACGGAUUUUUACCCAAGCGUACUCAACGUUAUCAUGGGACCCUCCGGCUCAGGCAAAACAUCCUUGCUCAAUGCCAUGGCACAACGAAUGCAGCACACUCUGACUACAAAAUACUAUAAAUCAGGUGGAAUAAGCUUGAAUGGGGCAGAGCCUUCUCUCAAGGUCAUACGCUCGAUUUGCUCGUUCGUCUGCCAAGACGAUGCCCAACUACUGCCUUGUCUGACCGUGAGGGAAAAUCUAGUCUUUGCGGCCCUCCUGAGACUUCCUUCCCACUUUUCGAGGAAGCAAAAGCUUGACCGUGCAGAGUCUAUUCUACUGAAGAUGGGCCUAAGCGACUGUGCAAAUAAUGUUGUUGGUGAUGAGUUGAGGAAAGGGAUUAGUGGCGGCGAAAAGAGAAGGACCACUAUUGCUUGCCAGAUCCUUACCGAUCCACAAGUUCUUCUCCUGGACGAACCGACCAGCGGCUUGGAUGCUUUUACCGCGUCGUCAAUUAUUGAUGUUUUAAAAUGUCUCGCGAGCGAGGGGAGAACGCUGAUUCUCGCCAUUCAUCAAACUCGAAGCGAUUCGUUCAAACACUUUGAGAACGUUCUACUGCUAGCACAGGGUGGUGAGAUUGUGUACACCGGAAGAGGCUCAGCAAUGCUUCCCUAUUUCGCAAGUCUUGGCCACAUGUGCCCUAUCACAACCAAUCCUGCCGACUUCGCUCUAGAUCUCAUAUCUGUCAACCUUCAAUCGGAGUCAAAAGAGACCAGAACGCGUGAGAAGGUUCGAUCAUUGAUACACAGCUGGCAGGGUAAGCAGCACUCGUUGAAUAAUGAACCGCAAACAAUCGACAGUCCGGCUCAACUUGGCAGCUUCGCUCGAAAAAUGACACCAUUACGAGUCGCCCUUCCUGCCCUCAUGCAUCGUAGCUUCAUCAACUUCAAACGCAACAAUGUGGCGGUCGUGGCACGUACCAUGCAGAUUCUGGCCUACGCCUGUAUACUCACGCUUCUUUUUGCACCUUUAGGAACAAGCCAAGCCAGCAUCAAUGCCCGCUUCGGCUUCCUCCAAGAGAUCACACCCCUCUACUUCAUCGGCAUGCUCCAGAACGUUGCCGUUUACCCAAAAGAGCGGGAUGUCUUUUACCGCGAACACGACGACAACGCAUACUCCGUCGAGGCUUUCUUCCUCCAGUACACCUUUGGAGAAGUGCCGUUCGAGAUCGUUGGCUCACUUGUGGCGGCAACACUUCUUGCACUGGCAACACAACUCCCUCGCACCAUCUUCGUCUAUCUCGUCAUGGCGUUCAAUUGCUUCGCGAUCGUCAAUGUUGGCGAAAGUCUGGGUAUCAUGUUCAACACUCUCUUCACGCAUACCGGCUUCGCGGUCAACAUGAUGUCGGUGGCCAUCUCUAUUCCCACAUUGAUGGCGGGCACCAUGUCAUUGAAUGUGCCUGCCUUUCUGCAAGCACUUAAUCACCUCAGUCCCCUCAAGUGGUCGCUCGGGAACCUUGCACCCUACAGUUUCAAAGGCGUGACAUUCCAUUGUGAGGAUCAUCAAAGGAUGCCGAACGGGGAAUGCCCGAUUGGUACAGGGGAGGAAGCGCUCAAGGUGUAUAAUUUUGAGACGAACCCUGCACUUAAUCUGUUGGCGCUUGGGGUCUGCGUGGUUGCUUAUCGACUGUUGGCGUACCUCAUACUCAAAGUGGCGCGAAUGAGGUAG